CUGAGGACUGUGCAACGGCACCCGCCUGCCGAGCCGGCGCGGGGAGCGCGCGGCGCACAUGCAUCCCCCCGCGCGCCGGCCGCCGCCGAGUAUUUAUGAUUGCGGAGCAGGUGGGAGCCAGCAUGAGCGCGGAGGAUAUAGACCUGCGGCUAACUGGAUUUGAUUUAUAAGAGGGGAAUCUGCAGUAAAUGGCCACUCUCUUCAUAUUGCUGCUAUGGAAAACACAGUUGUCAAUAGGAUGUAGUCUGAUAAAUAGUGCUGAGUGAAGAUGCAGCUUCAAUAAGUGUGAAAUCAAUGGAAGAGACUUGCUGCGUGAAAAGCCUUUUGAGAUUUUUUUGACGGGCUCCUAUUUAGGAAACUUGAUUCGUUUCCUUCAGUUGCUCUGUUUUUACACAAGUGGAUACAAAUAAUAUUGCUUCAUUAUAACUAUACAACUAAUGUGGGACUAUGACCCUUCCAAGAUCCAUGUGGCUGAACUGUGUAUGGAGAGCGAUGAUGGUCCGCCUGUUACACAUGGGAUUGGAUGCCACUUUUGCUCUUUGUAUACUUGGAUUUUUGCUUCAUGCUGCAGCUGUGUCCUCACAAAAAUUGGAUGAUACUGACCCAGUGGUGACAACCAACUUUGGCAAGAUAAGAGGGAUUAAGAAAGAACUUAAUAAUGAAAUUUUGGGGCCUGUUAUUCAGUUUCUUGGGGUUCCAUACGCUGCCCCACCAGUCGGGGAGCAUCGCUUUCAACCUCCUGAGCCUCCAUCUCCCUGGUCAGAUAUCAAAAAUGCCACUCAGUUUGCUCCAGUAUGUCCCCAGAACAUUAUAGAAGGCAGGUUGCCUGAAGUCAUGCUUCCUGUGUGGUUUACUAAUAACUUGGAUGUAGUUUCUACCUAUGUACAAGAUCAGAAUGAAGACUGCCUCUAUUUAAAUAUAUAUGUCCCAACUGAGGAUGGUCCCCUUACAAAGAAACAGACAGAUGAUUUAGGUGAUAAUGACGGUGCUGAAGAUGAAGACAUUCGGGACAGUGGGGGACCUAAACCAGUGAUGGUGUAUAUUCAUGGAGGAUCCUACAUGGAAGGCACUGGAAAUUUAUAUGAUGGUAGUGUUCUGGCAAGUUAUGGCAAUGUGAUAGUCAUCACAGUCAACUAUCGCUUGGGGGUACUUGGUUUCUUGAGCACUGGGGAUCAAGCAGCAAAAGGAAACUAUGGCCUCCUCGAUCUUAUUCAAGCUUUGCGAUGGACUAGUGAAAAUAUUGGGUUCUUUGGUGGUGACCCACUAAGAAUAACAGUUUUUGGAUCAGGUGCAGGCGGUUCAUGUGUCAAUCUGUUGACUUUAUCCCAUUAUUCUGAAGGUAACCGUUGGAGCAAUUCAACCAAAGGACUUUUUCAAAGAGCAAUCGCUCAAAGCGGGACAGCUCUCUCCAGCUGGGCAGUGAGUUUUCAACCUGCAAAAUAUGCCAGGAUGUUGGCUACUAAAGUUGGUUGCAACAUGUCAGACACUGUAGAAUUGGUGGAAUGUCUACAGAAGAAGCCUUAUAGAGAACUUGUUGACCAGGACAUUCAACCAGCGCGAUACCAUAUAGCCUUUGGACCAGUAAUUGAUGGUGAUGUGAUACCAGAUGACCCUCAGAUACUAAUGGAGCAAGGAGAAUUCCUCAACUAUGAUAUAAUGUUGGGAGUAAACCAAGGGGAAGGGUUAAAAUUUGUUGAAAAUAUAGUUGAUAGUGAAGAUGGCAUAUCAGCUAGUGAUUUUGACUUUGCUGUUUCUAAUUUUGUUGACAAUUUAUAUGGAUACCCUGAAGGCAAAGAUAUAUUGAGAGAAACUAUCAAAUUUAUGUACACUGACUGGGCAGAUCGACACAAUCCUGAGACAAGAAGGAAAACAUUGCUUGCUUUGUUCACUGAUCACCAAUGGGUUGCACCAGCAGUGGCAACAGCAGACCUUCACUCCAAUUUUGGAUCCCCUACAUACUUUUAUGCCUUUUACCAUCAUUGCCAAACAGAUCAGGUACCUGCCUGGGCAGAUGCAGCCCAUGGGGAUGAGGUCCCUUAUGUAUUAGGAAUCCCUAUGAUUGGUCCUACUGAAUUGUUUCCUUGUAAUUUCUCCAAAAACGAUGUUAUGCUAAGUGCAGUAGUGAUGACAUACUGGACAAACUUUGCAAAAACUGGUGACCCCAAUCAGCCAGUCCCACAAGACACAAAAUUUAUCCAUACAAAACCCAAUCGUUUUGAGGAAGUAGCAUGGACCCGAUAUUCCCAAAAGGACCAACUGUAUCUUCACAUUGGAUUAAAACCACGCGUGAAAGAACAUUACAGGGCCAAUAAAGUGAACCUGUGGUUGGAACUGGUACCUCAUCUGCACAAUCUUAACGACAUUUCACAGUAUACCUCUACCACAACUAAAGUGCCAUCAACUGAUAUUACUUUCAGACCAACAAGGAAAAAUUCUGUUUCUGUUACUUCAGCCUUUCCCACAGCCAAACAAGAUGAUUCGAAACAGCAGCCAAGUCCAUUUUCAGUGGAUCAAAGGGACUAUUCCACAGAGUUGAGUGUUACGAUUGCAGUGGGAGCAUCUUUGCUGUUCCUGAACAUUUUGGCCUUUGCAGCAUUGUACUACAAAAAGGACAAGAGGAGACAUGAUGUUCAUAGGCGAUGUAGCCCACAGCGUACUACUACCAAUGAUCUUACCCAUGCACAAGAAGAGGAGAUAAUGUCCCUCCAAAUGAAGCACACUGACUUGGAUCAUGAAUGUGAGUCUAUCCAUCCACAUGAGGUGGUUCUUAGGACCGCCUGUCCCCCAGACUACACCCUAGCUAUGAGAAGGUCUCCUGACGAUAUUCCCUUAAUGACACCGAACACCAUUACAAUGAUUCCCAACACUAUACCGGGGAUUCAGCCCCUACACACAUUCAAUACAUUUACUGGAGGACAGAACAAUACUCUGCCCCACCCCCAUCCUCAUUCACAUUCAACAACCAGGGUAUAGCCAGACAAGACGAAACAAACUUUAUUUUUUGAUGGAUUACAGUAGGUGAGAUUACGGAAGAUUACUUGGCUUUCAACCUACAAGACUCUUAUUAUUUAAAUAUGGAGGAAUAUUAUGUGAAUAUACAUAUCAAGAACUUUGGGGGUUUUGAAAAGAAAUGAAUUGUACAUAUGUACAAAUGAACUUAAACAAACCCAACCGUUUGCAAUUGCUUGAAGCAGUUGUCCUGAAUGAUACUUUUUCAUUUACAUUCAAGUAUUCAUUUUUUGAAGAUUUAAGUUACAUAAUUGAAUUAGGCAUGUGCAACACAAAAACGAAAGAACUAUGACUGAAAAGUAAAAAAAAAAAUCUAUAAAUAUGCACAAGGGACACACUAAUGGAAUGUCAGAUAAUUUUCACCAAUUUUUAUUUGGAACUGUUUUAUUAUGUAGACCAUAUUUACAUAUUUGGAUAAGUACACAAAGCACCAAUGCUGUUAAGGCCUUAGUAAGGGGCUCAUGCUAAAAUCUGCCAGUCAAACAAAGAAGUUUUAAAGCCUGGCAGGUAAAACAUUAUCACAUAAGUGCUGUCAGUAUAAAAGUUGUGGGAAUAAGGGAAACUGGAUAUUUUUAGCACGAUGUGCAUGAUAAUUUAUAUGCUUGGUGGCUGUGCUGCUGAUUAAGCCGUAAUUAAAAUUCUUCUCAUCCCAUUGGAGUUUUUAAUAGAAGCUUCCUCCAUCAAUUGGCAAACCAAAAGAAGAUUUUCUUAAAGGGGCAAAAGUAAUUACAGUAAAAUAUUUCACAGUAGCUUCAGUAAUAGAAGGAAUUGUGGUACUUCUUAAAGGUAUUUGAUGGUCCUGUAGGUAUAUAGUGGUGAACACUCGCUGAUAUGAAUCCCAGGAAAAAAAUCUCUGUGUUGUUAAUGUUCUGUUUCAUUUCCACCUAAAUAAUACUAUAAAAUGUAAUCUGAAUGGAACCUCUUUGAUGAAGGCUUUAUAAUUUACUGUGGUUAAGUUACAAUAUAUUUAGUUCAUAUUGGUAAGGUAAAGUGUGUCCAAAGAUUUAACUGAAAUGUUAUUUUGCAAUAUUAAGAAGCCCCAGUACUACCACUCUGAUUACAGCUCUCAGUCAUUGGUUUAACUCAUGUUGCAUGUGACAAAGUGUCCUGAUAAUAUUUUAAUAUGAAGUUAUUUCCCUUUUUUGGUACACAUUAUCUUUGCCAUUCAAGUGAAUUAAUUGGACAAGAUCUCUCUAGGGUGUAAAUGUAGAUGCAGAGGGUACAUAAAGUUGGAGACCUCCAAAAACUGGAAAUUUUUAAACCAGAAUCUUACAUAUAUUUGUGCGAUUUUUAAAUGAAUGUCCUGAAAUCACAAAAAACUUUUCAUUCCCCUUUUGCUUUCCAGUAAUGGUAUAAUCAAUCCUUUCAAAAUGUUUGUAUAUGUAAUCAGAUGUACAUUUAUAUAAAAAAAAAAUUGAGAUGGACUUAAGAGCACAUCCCAGAUAAAUACUUUCUCUCUUACCUGUACUAUAUUUCUAUUAGACAGAAGUUAUGUGAUUUUUUUUUUUUACAUUUUUUCAAAUUACUAGCAAUUUUGAUAGUUUGUAAGAUAAUGCAAAGAACUUUCUCUGACAAACUAACUGCAGUAACAUUUCUUUUCAGUUACUCUUUUUCAAGAAUGAAGGCUUAUUACACACAAAAAAAUUGUAUACUACUUGAUGGAAAAUUACUUUGUACUUCUUGGCCAUAUUACUGGUCAUUGAGUGAAAUAAAGAUAAUCUGGAUAACAAAUAUUAUUCCAAUGCUAAGAGACCUGAUCUUUGCUCAUUAAAGAGCUAAAAUGUUUAUUGCUGUUUUGUCAUUUUUUAAUGAAGUAAUGGUAACUGUCUCAAAUAAAGAGUCAUUUCUUAAGGCCAGUCUGGUUUUUGAAGACAUGAACAUGCCUUCUACAUAUAAUAGAACUGCAUAUGUACAAACCAGUCCCAGCUAAAACAAUUCCUUAUAAAAACCUUGACAUUGUGAAUGUAUGAUGUCUUAGUGCUAGAUGAUUUCUCAUUACUCCAAACUUGCCAUAGUUUUUUCAGCCAGAAGUAAAAAAAAUAAAAAAGGAAAAAAAAAAAAAAAAAAAAGUUUGAAAAAGGCAUGGAACAGGCCUAAUCGAAAUAAAUGUGCAGUACUCCAUGAAAUGAAAAUCACCUGGUUGACACUAUAUGGGUGAUUAAACUUUUGUAGAGUCAUUGCUAGAAAGUUAUCCUUCAAGGUGCUUUUAAGCAUACCAACAACAGAUUUUAAAACCGACAAUUCAAAUAGCCUCCUCCCUACCUACCUCCUCUAAAACCCCACUGCCUCCUCCCUGCCUCCUCUUCAGGCAUUUCGUUAAGCUAAAAAUAAUAAUGAAUACAAUAUAAAUUACGGUCCCUGGCUUGGAAAGGUUUAUUUCAGAGAGCAGCAUUAAGGGUAAUCUUCAGAGUCUUCAAAAUCCAGAGUGGUCUAUGUACAAUUUCUGCCUGAUGUGGUUGUGCUUUUAGACUGUGACCUGCCAGUGUAAACCAAUAAAACGAAUUGUCUGCCAUCUGAUAAUUAUUGUUUAAUAGGAAGAUUGUAUUUUGCUAUGUUGAUGAAACAAACUAAAACAAAAAAGAACAAAAAUAUGGAUGGCCAUAAACAAGAUAUACAUGAAAUAUGAUUUUAUGUACUUUUCUUAACUUUAUCAAAACCAAAUAACUUUCUACUAUAGUUUGAUGGUGGCCAUAUAUCUAUAUCUAUAUCUCUAUAUAUACAAUAUCUGGUAAUUGUUUACUUUUAUUAGUUCUAAAAUAAAUGAUUUAGGUAAACCAAGCAUGACACUACACUUUUUAUUUCUGUCAGCCAACAAAAGUAUAAAUGUAGAAGGAGGAGGCGACAAUGCAAAUUUCAUAACUUUAAAUCCUGUUCAAAAAAGUUUAUUCAAGUGAUGCAGAUAUCAUGAAUGAUAUUUCAGUUGGUACUUUAUUGUUGUAGUAGAGUCCCUGGCUUUCUGAAAGUAAACCAACACCCCAUGUGUGAAUAUAACUUUAAGAAAGGUCAGAAACUGUUUUUAAAGCUGAAACAUAAAAAGAAAUAGAGGAGACAUUUUGAAAUAUUUUAUUAUGCUUAUGGAAUUUAAUUGUGUAUUUUUAUCUGAUUUUUUUCCCAUAAAAAUAAGCCAUGGAAAACCAAGUUUUAUGACGUUUGUUGUAUCAUUUCAUUGGAGCAGAUUUGCAAUGAAAUCAGGAUAUUAGGAUUUGGAAGGUUUAGGUUUAGCAAACAUUAAAAGCCUGUGUUUUCUGCU